CUUUAUCUUACAGAAAAAGUUAUCCACAGAAUCAAUAACUCAAUAUUUGUAUCCAUAAGCUUUUUUCAGUUAAUCUAUUUGAUUGCUUUGUUUUAUUUUUGAAAAUUACUUACGACUGUUACUCCUCGUGGAGGAGCAUAGGCUACCCACCAGCACUCUACAUCCAUCUCUGUACUGGGCAAUCUUUUCCAGUUGUUCAUAGUUGAUAUUCAGAAUUUUUAUCUAUACUUCCGAUUCCCGGUACAGUGUGUUCUCCGGCCUUCCACUUUUCCGUUUCCCUUCACGAUUCCAAGUUAGCACAUGCCUCGUGAUGCAGUUUGGUGAUUUCCUCAAUGUAUGUCCUAUCCACUUCCAACGUCUUUUCCUAAUUUCCUAUUCGUCAAGAAGUUGGUUUGUUCUCUCACACAGUAGAUUGUUGCCGAUGGUAUCCGGUGAACGGACAUUCAGUAUCUUGCGUAGCAAAUCAUUUAUGAAUACUUGUACUUUUUUAUUGAUGAUUGUAGUAGUUCUCCAAGUUUUAGCUCUAUACAUUAUGACUGUCUCGACGUUCGUAUUGAAUAUUCUGAUUUUGAUGUUGUUUGACAUUUGUUUUGAGUUGCAUAUGUUGUUCAACUGUAGUAAUGCUUCCCUUGUUUUGUCAAUCCUCUCCUUUAUAUCCUCAUCCGAGAAGUAACUAUUAAAUAUUUUAUUCAAAAUUUCGAUUUAUAUAUUUCGUAAUUAUUUGUCUUUCUUUUUCUCUUUUAUACUACCAUUUAGAGAGUGAAAUAUUUUAAAUAUUGGAAUAACCACUUUGUUUUAAUAUUUCAAUCAUUACUUAUUAUAAAUUCAGUAAUAAGUUUAAUUGGUAAUAAUCAACUAUAUUCUGCUGUUCUAGCAAUAAUUGUCAUGUUUAUAGCUUGGAUGAAUCUACUUUUACAAAUGAUUCGGUCACAAGAUUUUGGAAUAUUUAUCAUCAUGUUUAUACAUGUGACAGCCACAGUUGCUAAAUUGUUACCUUUAUCUUUAUAUCUUCUUAUUGGAUUUGCAACAGUAUUUCAACAACUAAUUCAGUUACCAGAUGAAGAGGUGUUCACUUCUUUAUCUGACAAUAAUAAAAUACAAUUCCGUAACUGUUUCAUUGAGUAUACAAGUUCACUAAACCAUUCAAUGAAUAAUAUAACAAAAAUAAAUAGAAAACAACUCAAUAUGCUUAGUAAUAUUGGACUAACAUUUUUCGAUACAAUAAUGAUGAUGAUGGGUGAAUAUAAGCGUACAAAAAUUAUUAUUCAGUCAUAUUUAGAGGAUCAAGUAUCUGCAAUACCUUAUCCAAAAUUGACUUUCAUCUUUUAUAUAGCAUUUAUUAUUUUAAUACCAAUAACACUGAUCAGCUUGACGAUUGGUUUAGCAGUUGGUGAUAUUGACAAGGCUAGAAGAAGUGCGACACAAGAACUAAUUUAUCGACAAGUUUACUGGUUAGAUAGUUUAGAAGCGAAUCUCCCACGUUGGUUAUACGCUAAAAUUUGUGUUCAAAAAUGGUUAUUGAAACCAGCUAGACCAAAUGUACCAAGAUAUGAGCGUUCUAGACAAGAACUAAACAAAACUGUCGAACUUUUAAAUCAACGACUGAAUAUAAUAUACAAAAAAUUGGAAUGGUUCAAUUAUCAAUUGCACCAAAUCAUGCAAAAGCUAUCAAUACAAACAAUGGAAACACUAUUGGAUACUGGAAGUUACGAUGAUGUCAGUUAAAUACUUGAUUCGACCAUUUUGUCGAUCAGUUGAAGUACAAAUUAAGUUAAACAAUUGAUUCAUUCUACUUACAGACAACAUUGUUAAACCGACAUUCAGAACCAGUUUACGUUCUGUUCUGAUGUCAAAUCCUUAUCAUAUACAUCUCAUUAUUAUCCAACUCAUUAUUAUUAACUCCAAUUAUAAACCCACACUAAUUCAAUUUUAUAUUGAAAUCAAGCUAGAAUUUAGUUAGUUUUCAUGUAUGUAAUUGUGCUACUCACAAAAACAAAUACAUAAGCACAAAAAGCGAUAUAGUAUUGAAAUUUUCUUGCCUUAAUACAGAGUAAUCAGUGAAAACAUCAAUUUGUUAGUAAUAGCGUUUUUCCAACAAGCCCAUUCAUCAGGUAAUUGGUACACUCUAAGUGUGAGCGCUAAUUUUAGUACCCGGACGUUCAAGGUGAAGUAGAUAGAGGUUAGAACCUGAGAAUUGUGACUGAAAGUUGAAUGCAUUAGGCACCAAGACACUGCUCCACAGUUUUAUUUUAGAUUGUGUUGUUGGGUGGUUAAAAGUAAUCAAACAGCAGACCUAAAAUAAGGUUUUAUGAUGAUCGUCGCUGAUCGCUAGGGUGCAUCAACACUAAAAGAAACUGGAUCCUUCUGGAAAUAAUAGAAACAGAACCUAGAGACCAUUAUCACUGAUAUAUUCAUUUUAUUUUAACACAUGAAUAUUGGUACAAGAGGGCACCAAAUACA